AUGGAAGUUACUUUUGGUGAACUUAAAAGUUUUACUCGAAAGUUUGCCAGUGGAACUGUUACAACACCUAAUCCUAAUUAUAAAGUUGAGGAAUUAAUAUAUCAAUUAUCCGAUUCCAAAGCAUCAAUCAUUGUUGCACAUUCGUCAACCUUACCCACUGUUUUAGAAGCUGCAAACAAUGUAGAUGUAGAUAUACCAACUUCCAAAAUCUUUGUAUUAGAUAAAGAAGAAGACUCUGAAGAUGGCAUUAGGACAUUCACCAGCCUAUACAAGGAUGAUGAUGACUCAGCAAUUAUUCAUUAUACAACUGAAGAGAAAGUCAAAUCAACAGUUGCUUAUUUGUGUUAUAGUUCUGGUACAACUGGCAAACGAAAAGGCGUUGAGACCACACAUUAUAAUAUGGUUGCUAAUCUUGAGCAAAUUCAUCAUUUCGAGGAAUUCAAUUCUGAUCUUCCAUUCUAUCAUAUUUUUGCAUUAAAUAUGAUGAUACAUCAAGUACUUUAUUGCGGAGCAACGGCAAUAGUUUUAUCAGUUCCUGAUUAUGAUAUAAAUUUAAUUUGUCAAGCAAUACAAGAUCAUAAGAUAAAUCUUGGAUAUAUAAUUCCAUCAAUUGUGCUUCAAUUGGUUAAUAACCCAGUUGUUGACAAAUAUGAUUUAUCAAGUUUAAAAUUUUUUUUAAGUGGUGCUGCUCCAUUGUGCAAAAAGUUGAGCAAGAAGUUCAACGACAAAUUCGAGAAAAUACCUCUUAAGCAAGGUUAUGGUCUUACUGAAGCUACACCAAUAAUUACAUUGGCUAGAACUGAUGAUGUUGUAAUUGGAUCAUCUGGGCUUAUUGUAGCAAAUGUUGAAAUAAAAUUUAUUGGUGAAAGUGAAAUAGAACUUGGAAUUAAUGAAAAAGGUGAAAUAUGCGCUCGUGGUCCAAACAUCAUGAAGGGCUAUCUUAAUAAUGAAAAAGCCACUAAAGAAUGUAUGGAUAAAGAUGGGUUUCUUCAUACUGGAGAUCUUGGUUAUAUUGAUGAAAAUGGGAAUGUUUUUUUGGUUGAUCGUGUAAAAGAACUUAUCAAGUUUAAGGGCACACAAGUUGCACCUGCGGAACUUGAAUCAAUUCUACUUGAAAAUCCUAUAAUUUCCGAAGCAGCCGUAGUUGGCGUAUAUUCAGAACAAGACGUAACAGAAUUACCAGUUGCCUACGUCGUACUAAAAGAUUCGGCUGCUAGUGAUCACCAGCAAAUUAAAAAAUACAUUCAAGAUUAUGUGGCUGAAAAAGUUAUUUGUGAUAAACGACUACGCGGUGGUGUCUACAUUAUUGAUAAGUUACCUAAAAAUGAUAUUGGAAAAAUCUUGAGAAAAGAUUUGAGAGAACGGAUUAAAAGUGAAUGGGUUCGUCCUGAUGAUCUUUUUAAAGAAACUGUAUAA